AUGCGUGAAAUCUUACCAUAUCAAGGCCCAUUUAGCUUCGUUUCGAGCCGAUUGGAAACCGACAUCAAGAGCGUCCUACCCCACUACGACAAGAAGAAUCCAAGGACAUGGCCUUAUGUCACUCUGGCGACCAUCGAGGAGCGUCGCCCCUACUACGGCUACCCAGAUCUUCCAGCCGGCGUUGCUUACCAGCGGUCAGUCUUGCUGCGAUACCACGCCUUGUAUUCGGCUGAAGAUCGGAAGCAAAGCGCUUCCCUAAAUGGUUCCUUUCACGAAAGAUAUCCUUGCAACUACGAUCAAUACGAUCAGCUGAAGGACUGGGUGGGCAUGUCCAAGGCGGAGUAUCAGAGAUACAUGGAAAACGCCGCCGAAGACAUCAACGACAUCACAGAAGACGCAUACUAUGAUGGGCUACGCCUUCCACUGCGCCAACCGUGCUGCGCAAACAGCAGAUGCAUCGAAACCAGACGCGAAGCCGCCAAACUCCGAAAGGAACUCUCGCACAAGGAAAGCCAACUCAUGAACUCUCAGCAGAGCCUCAAAGAAUUCGAAGCCAUCGAAGAACGCAGACACAAUGUGUCAAGCCACGUACAGGCCGAACUCGAGAGGCAGCGACAACGUGCAGGUGCAGCAGAGCGGGAGUACGAGAUCUGCAGGGCAAACAAUAUCAACCUGUUAUGGCGGGUACGGGAGCUAGAAAGACAGGCGGCUCAGAAGGAUGAGCUGGAAGCGUAUUGCAGUCAGCUGGAGGAGGAAGUUGAUGUGCUCAAAGGGAAGCAAAGGCGAGAUGUUGUGGAGUCUGAUCCUGAUGAGGAUUUGAUGGAGGGUUAUAUAUCUAGUGCUAAGAAGACGAGGUCGUCCAGUGUAGAUUGGUCGUAG